GUCAAGAUAGAGAAGUAAUUAUGCUUAUAAAUACUAAGCUCUAACACUUUCUCUCAAUAAGAAAAGCAACAACAAAAAAAAAAAGCCAGAGAUAUUUUUACGAGGCAAGAAUAGAACUCAGACAAAAAGGGCAGAAUCUAAAAAAUGACAAACCGGUCAAGUUUAACGGCGGCGCUCAUCGUCAUGGUAAGCGUCCUUCUAUCCGUGAAGCUGGUUGUGUCGUCACCGUGUAUCGCAAAAGGUAUCGGUCCACCUGUUCCGGUCUCUGUCAAGAUAUUGCGGGAGGUGCAAUAUAUGGUCGAGUUUGGGUUGGGGGAGCACAAUAAGGCGCUCUCGAGGGUUCACCAAUUGAAGCUAGUAAGCAUCGACGGUGGUGCUUAUUACAGUGCAGAUCCUGAGAUGGAUUUUGUCAGUUUCGAUAUUACUGCAUCCAACCGCUUCGGUCGUGCCAAGUACAAUAUGUUUGUCACCCGCGCCUACACCUAUAAUGAACUUAAGCUCAAAUGCUUUGAGAAAAUUUAGUUACAUGUUGUUGUUGUUAUUUGAAAGCUUUUGGAUGCAAAUCUAGCAUUGCCUAGCUAUAAUAAUGAUAAUAAUAAUAGUAUUGUUGAUGUUUGAGCAUCAUCCGACAUUUUCUGAAAUGGGACCACAUUGGUCCUUACAUUGGAAAUAAAGAAGCCACCAUAUCCAUUUAGGCGGAAAAAAUCCCAGAAUAUACCAAUUAUUAAAAA